AUGAUCUCUAUUGAUGACUUGGUGGAAGAUACCGACUUGACUUAUGAGGGAGAACUAGCGAAAAAUGCAAAUCAAGUAGAUACAUGGUUAUCAUACUACGACUCAAAGAUUAAUGAGUCGCUUGGGUCAAGAUUGUUCGUCAUUAGAAGAGCCAUUGAGGCCAACAGAGAGGAUGCACGACUAUGGAAGAUCUACCUCGACUUGGUGCUAGAGGAACUGGACGAUAUAGGCCCCGAGGACCAAUUUUCAGCAUUUGAUGAGUUUGCCAAAAUACAGAACCAGCCGUGGGCUUUAAGCUUGUGGUCCCGAGUUUUGGGGUUUCUAAUUGAGCAGCACGUGGAGCAUGUAACCUAUAUAAGACAUAAGUUCAACCAGUGUUUGCAAAAUUUGCCGGUGGAGGAUCAUGGAUCGAUUUGGCCGUUGGCGUUGUCCUUUGCGGAUUCGAUUGGUGGGAAAACAGCUGUCAAUAUUUACAAGAGGUUUAUCACAUUUGUCGACCCGCGCGUUCUCAGGGGACUUGAAGAUAGCGAAGAAACUGAAACGUCGUUGAACAUGCUCGAUUUCAUUAGCAAGCUCAACAAGUUUGGAGACGUGGACACGGUCUUGAAAUUAUACGACGAGAUCACCGCGUCAAAUGCAUACUCAAAGCUACCGGCCUCUCAACUCGCAAUCCACUUGGACUAUUUGAACUUUAUGAUUCAAAAUCGUAAAUCCUCAACCAGCGAUAAAAAGUUUGGCGAGAUUGUGCUGCGAGCAACGAAAAAAUUCCCCGAUCAGUCAAUGAGACUACAACAACUUUACAUCAAGUAUUUAUUAGCAGCUGAAAACCCGGACAAGUCUCAGAUACGAAAGCUAUACAAGCAAGCACUCGCCGAUUGCAAAACCGUGCACGACUUCAAAGACAUCUACAAUGGCCUCGCCGAGUUUGAAGAAGAUGAGAUCCAACAACAAAUAAUUCCAACCGACCCGCAAUCAAAGGAUUCAAAAGAUUUAAAACGUGCCCUAGACGAGUACGAGAAACUACUAAACGACAGAAAGCUACUUGUAAACGACAUUCAGCUUCGCAAAGACAUCAACAACGUAGACUACUGGUUCACGAGGUUUGAAAUCCAUCAAGCUCAACUCCCACUCAAGAUCAAGGCCAUUGCAGAGUCGAUUAAAUCAAUCAACCCAUUGAAAAUCCCGCGCGGAUGCACCCACAAGCUAUCAGACAUUUGGAAGAUGUACGCCGAGAUAUACAGCUCCUCGUCCGAUUUCAAAACUGCCGAUUUCAUAUUGUCCAAAUCAGUGCAAUCUCAAUAUCCGCAUCCUGACGAGCUAGCCGGUUUGUACAUUUAUUGGGGUGAAAUGAGACUAAGCAAUGACUAUUUUGCCGAAGAGCUGGCAUUGGAAUUGUUUCAAGAGAUUCUCUUUAAAGAAGAAGCUGAAUCUUUCCAUUACUUGGAUUCGCAAAUUAGCGUGCAAAGACGCAUCACCAAGUCCAUCAAACUAUGGCAAUUCUAUAUCGAUUUGCUUGAAUCAUUUAUAGAUGAUGGUGAGUUGGGGAACAAGCAAGCUGACCAAGUAGUGGAGGCGUAUGAGCAAAUGAUUAGCUUAAAGAUUGCCUCGGGGAACACGAUGAUGAAAUACGCACUGUUUUUGGAAGAGCAGCAGCAGAUUGAGAAACUGUUGAGUAUAUACGAGCGAGCUUUGGUGAUUUUCAAAGACGAGUUGAUCCAGAGGGAGAUUUGGAAGGUGUACCUGACCAAGUUGCCGUUGAUUGACAAUAAAGAGCGCGUUAAGGACAUAAAAGAGAGAUUCAAUAAUCUAGAUUAG